GCAAACAAAACAAUAAUGGCGGCUGAUUUCAACUUUGGUGAAUUUUCCGUAAAAUUUAAGCAAACGUUUGGCGAUGAAGGUGUUGAUAUGAGAGAAUUAUUGAUUAAAAAGUCAGUAAUGAAGCCAGCUGACUUUUUCGACAAUAUGCAGCAAAAUAUGCAAAAAGUAGCGUCGACUAUCACACCGACCAGGGAACUUGGCACUGUUGGCGAGUUUGCCGAACUCUUCAGAGAACUGGAUACUUACCCCAAUAAUCUGCAACGCGUGCCAAAAAAGCGUGAGCUACAGCGGACAAACUCCAGCAUUCUCAAGGGUAACGAAUCCACGGAUCAAGCAUCGCCGCACGUCAGCACCUCCAAUGUGUCACUCAACAACAUCAGCCGUCAUGUGGAGCAGCGUACUGCCAGCGAGGUAUACAAGGACUUUAGGAAAUUCCAAGAGAACUUGAGGCAACUUAAGGGUAAGGUUUCAGCUCAGGAAAAGCCGCAGGCUGCUUUGGCGGCGAUGCUAUCUCAGCUACACAACUUUGUACAACAACUAGAGAAGUUAAUGCCUUGCGAACUCGAUGCGCCAGAUGCAUUCACCGAAAGCGAGCAGGCCAAUCUACUGGCCAUCGCUGCCAACAUGGAGCAGCUCAAUUUUUUGCACGACAACAAGCUUAGUCUUAGUCAGUUGGCGAAUCCUAGAGACUCGGAUGCAGCUUUCGCACGCCUUGAGACAUUAGUCGAUGUGCUCAACUACACGCUCAGGCAAAUUAGUUGUUACAAUAGCAUUUAAUAUACGUUUCAAUAUCCAAUAAAAUUCAAGCAAGCGAUUGUUAAUCUU